CUCAUUCAACAUUAAGCUAAUUACUUAGUUUAACUAAGAAAUUGUCACCCUAUUAGUUAUAUUCUUUGGCUUAUUUCAUCAUUUUAUGAGAAAAAUGGCCGUUACCCUUAGCCAAAAUUAUGCACUUUUGAUUGUUAUUAUGGCGAUAGUAUUACCAACAUUAUGUCAUUCCACAGAAGAACAAGAAAUGUGUAAAGCAACCUACUAUGGUAGCUCGUAUUGUAAAUCGUUUCCAGUUGGAGCAUGUGGAUAUGGACCCUAUGGUAAAACUGCUAACGGAGGCUAUGUAGCAGCAGUCUCUAAACUCUUUAGAAACGGAACCGGUUGUGGUGCUUGUUAUCAGGUAAAAUGCAAGGCACCAGAGUGCAACGAAGAGGGUGUGAAGGUUGUAGCUACGGACCAUGCAUUCACCUACGACGCAGAUUUUAUCCUAAGUGCCAAAGUUUAUGCCAAAAUGGCAAAGCCAGGAAAAGAAAUGGACUUGCUAGAUUGUGAAUAUGUAAAUAUCGAAUACGAAAGAGUUCCUUGCAAAUAUCCUGGGAAAAAUGUCAUGGUUAAGGUCCAUGAACAUAGCUUUUUCCCACAUUACUUAGCCUUGGUCCUCUUGAAUCAAGGUGGAAUGUAUGAUAUCACCGCGGUUGAGAUUUAUGAGGAGGCAACACAAGAAUGGAAAUCAUGUAGAAGGGCAUACGGCGGUGUUUGGGACAUGCACAGUCCUCCGAAAGGGGAGCUCACAAUGAGGUUCUACGCUUGCGGCAGUGGUACUACUGAAGGCAAAUGGAUCGUCGCUUCUAAUGUUGUUCCUGCUUACUGGAAAGCUGGUCUUACCGUUGAAACUAAUGUUCAACUUUCUUAAAUUAAUUAUUUUCUCAGCUAAAAACCCCUAACUACUUAAUAAAUUUCAAUUUGAUCCACAAAUUAUAUCGAGUGCUUGUAUAAUACGAGGUACUUCGUAUUAGAAGUACUAUACCCUCGUAUUACAAUAUUAUUUUAUAGAUUAUGUAUUAGUGAUUAGUUUAUCAUAAUGAAUAAAGUCUGGGACCUUGUAUUAUAUACAGUAUGUACUUAUUGAUUGAGUUAUUGUCUCGAGUUUGAGGGAGAUUGUUGUACUUUACAUAUCAAAAAAUUUAAUAGAUAUCGUAUUGUGUUGUAUCA